AUGGAUAUAUUAAAAAUUGAAGCAACUAAUAAUGGAAAUGAAGUUAAUAUUAUUAAAUAUUUUAUUGCAUCUGGUGAUUCAAAUGAUGAUUUUUACAUAGAUCCAUUGACGGGAGUUUUAUCUGUUAAAAAAUUAAAUCGUGAAAAUUUUCCAGGAUAUAAUCUUAUUGUUGGAGUUUCAUUAUCUAAUUAUAUAGCUUAUACUUCAUAUCAAAGAGUACAAAUACAUGUUAUUGAUGUUAAUGAACCUCCACAAUUUAUAUUACCAAUAUAUGAAGUAAAAGUUGAAGAAAAUGAAAUUAUACCAAAAAAAUUAUUAACUGUACAUGCAAUAGAUAAUGAUUCUAAUGAUUUUAAUCAAAUUGAAUAUAAAAUUAUUUAUGGUAAUGAAAAUAAAGAAUUUAUCAUUGAUUCUAAGACAGGAGAAAUUACACUUAAUAAAAUUCUUGAUGCUGAAGAAAAAAAUAAAUAUAUAUUGACAGUGGAGGCAAAAGACAAUGAUAAUUUAUCUUCAACAACAAAAGUUUUAAUUACCGUCAAAGAUCAAAAUGAUAACAGUCCCAAAUUUACAAGAUUAUUUUCACCAGAAAUUUAUGAAAAUAAUUUUAUUGGUGAAAUUAUUUGUACUAUUACAAGUACUGAUUUAGAUAUUGAUAUUGAAAAUAGAAAUAAUUUAUAUUUUUUGGAAAAUAAUUACAAUGAUACUUUUAAUUUAGAUAGUAAAACUGGUGAAUUAAAAGUAAUGAAAAUUUUAGAUAGAGAAGAAGUAUCAGAGUAUAAAUUACGUGUAACAGCAAAAGAUGACUUUUGGCAAAUAUCAACAACAUUUUUUGUUACAGUUAAAGAUAAAAAUGAUAACAAACCACAAUUUGAAAAAUCUUUUGUUAAUAUAAAAUUAAGUGGCAAUGAAAAGUAUGGAGAUGUUUUGUAUGUAAUUAAAGCAACAGAUAAAGAUGAAGGAAAAAAUGCUAGAAUAAUUUAUAAAUUAGAAGAUCCAAGAACAGAAAUUAUUUAUGUAGAACCAUUAACUGGACAAAUAAUUUUUCUCUCACAUUUAAAUACAUUUGAAUCACAAAAGAUAAUUAAAGUUAUUGCCAUAGACAUGGGUGACAAUCCACUGGAAACAUCUAUUGAUAUUAUUAUUGAAAAAGAGAUAAAUAAAAAUAAUGUUUCAAGUGUUGAAAGUUUUAAUUUUAUUGAAAGUAUUGACCAGGUAACUAUACCUGUAUGGGAGAACAUUGAUUACAAUAGUAAACUAUUUGAGUUUGAUAAAAAAUAUUUCAUAACAUCUAUUACCUGUCCAAAAAAUAAAAAAAAUAUGUUUAAUGAAUUGUGUGAGAAGGAAAAUUUAUUUGAAAUUAAAAAUCAAACUUUAUAUUUAGUUGGAAAAUUAGAUUAUGAAACAGAAAAUUUAUAUUCAAUAAAAUUACAAAGUGGAGAUAAAAUCAAAAUAUUAAAUAUUAAAGUUCUUGAUAUUAAUGAAUAUUCUCCAGUUAUAAUUAAUAAUGACAUACCAAAUACAGCAAAUCAAAUUAGUAAAUAUUCUAAACCUAAUACUAUUUUAUCAAGUAUUGAAGCAAUAGAUCUUGAUUCAGGAAAAGGAUCAGAAUUAAAUUUUUAUAUAAACUCUUUUACCCAAUCACCUGUUGAUGGAAUGAUUAUUGAUAGAAAAGUAGGAUUAAUUACAUUAAAUUCUAAAAAUAAUCUUUCAAUGAUAAAUGAAUAUAAUUUACCUUUAGAGGUAAUAGUAAAAAAUGGAAAAUUAGAUAGAAAAGUACCAAAACAUGAUAUGAUAACAUUAACUUUUACAAAUGUAACUUCACCACCAGUUUUUGAUAAAGUUUUUUAUACAAUUGAUUUGCCUAUAGAUAAAAUAGAAAAAAAAACAAAACUUUUAGAAUUCAACUUUUUUAACAAUAAUAAUGGUAAUUAUGUUUAUUCAAUUUAUCCUGAAAACAAAAAUGAUGAAGGAUUAAUUUGUAUUGAUAAAAAAGAAGGAUACAUAAAAAUAUGUAAUACUUUUACAACAAAUAUUAUAAAUAAAUUUCAACAAAAAAAUUAUAAAUAUAUUUUAACAAUUCAUGAAAAUAUAGGAAAAAAAAAUAAAAUUGAAAUUUUAAGAAGUAAAGCAAUACUUAUAGUUAAAGUAAUUAAAAAAAUAGAUGAUAUAUCAAAAUUAUUAACAUAUACAAUUGAAGGAAUAGAAGAAAAUAGUAAUAUUGCUUUGUUAAAUAUUAAGAAAGGUGAAAAAGUUGAGAUUGAAGAUAAUAAUUUAAGAGAAUUAUUUACUAUAAAUACACAACAAAAAGUUUUGAUGAAUAAAAAAGUUAUCAAAAGAGAAACACCAAAUAUUGAUUAUAUAAAUAUUCCAUUGAAAUUUACAAAUAAUAUUGGUAAAGUAAGAAAAGAAAUAAUCAUUCUUGGAAUUGAAAAAAUAAAAAAAGAAGAUAGUAAAAAGAUAUCAGUAAAAAAUAUUAUAAUACAAGGAACACCUGAUUUUAUUGAUGUUAAUACAUAUAAGAAUAAAAAAUGCCUUAUUAAAUAUAAUGAUAAUACUACAGAAAAAUGUAAAAUACCUUUUAGUAAAUUUACAAAACUUUCCAAUUUAACAAUAUAUCAGGAUAACACAACAUACAAAAUAAUUGGUUCAUUAUAUAAUGAUUAUCCUAAUGAUGGUGUAUGGUUAGAAAUAGAUACAACCUUACAAUCAGGUAUUGGAGAAAUUUUAUAUCAAUUACAAAAUAAAUUCAAUGAUAUGACUAUAAGAUUGAUAGGAAUUAAAAAAACUAAUGAUAAUAAGAUAUCAAAAAAGCAAAUUUUUAUUUCAAUAAUGAAUACUUUUAAUAGAAUAAUAAAUUCACAAGAGACAAAAAAAAUUGUUGAAAAAUUUAUUAAUGAUUAUCAUUUGAAGGAAAAAGUUAGGAUAAUUGAUGAAAUUUGUCAGGAAGCUUGUAAUAAAAUUAUAUGUGAUACUAAAAUUAUUCCAUCUGAAGAUUUUAUAAAAUAUUCUUACUCCUCAUAUUCUUGGUAUGGACCUAUAAUUGAUAUUAAGUAUAAUUGUAUUGAAGAUAAGAUACUAGAUAAUAGUAAUACAAUGAAAUGUUUUAAAAGACCUUUUUAUGUUUCACAGGUAUUUGGACAAAAUUAUCAUUCAUCUCAACUUGGUGACUGUCAAAAUGGUGGUUUUUGUAAUCCUAAAACAGAAGUUUGUACCUGUCCUAAAGGAUAUAAGGGAGUUUUUUGUGAAGAGGAUAUCAAUGAAUGCCUAAAUUCUAAAAAUAUUUGUGGUAAUGAAGGAAUAUGUAUUAAUAUACCAGGAAGUUACAAAUGUAUGUGUGAAAAUGGAAUUGAAAAAUUUAAUUGUGAUGAUAAUAAAAAUAUUUACAAUAAAAAUAAUACUUGUAAUGAAAAUAUUUGUAAAAAUGGUUUGUGUAUACCAAAAAAUGAUGGUUCAUCUGAUUUAUGGUUUUGUUCUUGUAAUAAAGGAUAUUAUGGAGAUAACUGUGAAACAAAAAUUUACUCUUUUGAGUAUAGUAGUUUUAUGGAAAUUGAUAUGAAAAAUGAAGAAAUUGAAGAGUUAAUUUUUGAUUUUAAUACUAAACAAGAAAAUGGUAUUCUUUUUUAUUCAUAUACUUUAGAAAAUCAAUAUGAUUAUAUUAGUGUUGAUUUAAUUAAUGGAAAUAUUCGUUUAAGUUUAAAUAGAAGUUUAACAAAUGAAUUGAUAAAUGAAUUUAUUCAUACUCCUAUAAAUGAUGGUAUAUGGAAAAGGCUUCAAUUAAUUUUUACACAUAAUUCUGUUAUAAUUAAUUUAAAAGCAUGUAAUAAUAAAGGAACAGAAUGUGUUGAAUGUAUUAAUGAUAUAUGUAGAAAAGAAAUUGAAACAAUUUAUGGAAGAUUUUCUUUACCAUCAAAAAAAUUUUUAAUAGGUGGUAUUGGUAAUGAUGAUGAAAUUUUAAGUAGAGGAAAUCAAUAUAAUUCACCAGAAUUUGUUGGUUGUAUAAAAGAUAUUUAUCUAAAUAAUUUACCAUUAUUUAAUCAUAAUGUUAUUGUUGAAAAUUUAAUUGAUUAUUGUCCAUUAAUAGGAAGGCAAAAUAAUUGUCAUGAAGAUAUAUGUGGUAAAUUUGGAAAAUGUUAUAAUAAGUUAAAUAGUUAUACUUGUAAAUGUAACGAUAUUUUUACAUCAGAUUCAAGUUGUAAAGAUAUCGUUCAACCAGUUUCAUUAGGUGAUGGUCAGGUUGCCUUUGAAUUAACAGGAAAUGGAAAAAAAUUAUUACAAUUUGUUUCAAAUAAUAGGAGUAGUAUUGAAAAUUUACCAAAUUUUCCUAAAAAAAAUAUUCAAAGAAGAAGGAUAUCUGGAAAUACUUUUUCAGAAAUUUUUUCAUACACUUCAGAUGAUAUUCUUUCAUCACCUCAUUACUCAAAGAUAUCUUUACAAAAUCAAAAAUUAGAAAUUGAUUUUAAAACAAAUCAUAGUGAUGGUGUUCUUUUAUCAAUUUAUUCAAUAAAUUCAUCCAAAAUAUUUAUGCUUAAACUUGAUAAUGGUACUUUAAAUUAUUGUGUAUAUGAUGGUUUGACAAAUAUUUUUACAAUUGAAAUAAGUAAAGAUAUUUUAAAUUUAUAUUGGCAUAGAAUUGGUAUCAUUACAUCAAUAACCAAUCCAAAUACUAUAUCAUUUAAAUUAAAUGGUGAAGUUAUUGUAAAAAAUUUAGACAAUAAUUAUAUACCAAUAUUUGUUCAUAAAGAUUUAGGUGCAAUAUUAAUUGGAGCUGCAAAGUCAACAAGUUUUAUACCAUUUAAAGGAUGUGUUAGAAGAUUAAUUAUUAAUGAUUAUGGUUAUUCAAUGAUUAGUAAUGUUAAAAAACCAAAAGUUGAUGGUUUAUUUAGUCUUAAACAUCUUGGACAAGUCGAAAUUGGAUGUAGUGUUCCUUCAAUCAAUGAAAAUGAAUGUGAUAAUUGUGAGGGUAACUUUGAUGAAAGAAAUACAAAAUUAAAUGAUUUAGGAAAUGUACUUGGUAUUGCAUUUAUAUUUUUAUUUAUUUUAAUAAUUUUAUCAUCAAUAUAUUUUAUUGUUAAUAGAUAUCAAUGGAAAAAAGAUAAAAGAAAAAAUAUAAAAAGAAAAAAUGAAAAUGAAAUUAAUGAAAAUAAUAUUUUUCCUAAUUUAGAUAAUAUUCCUAGAACUUUUAUAUCAUAUCAAAAUACAGCUAUAUCAGCAUUCUCAUCAUAUGAAAAUAUUGGUUCUAAUCCUUUUAUUAUCUCAAAUAAUGGUAAUAUAAAUCCUGGUUUUUCUUCAAAUACUCAAUUAUCAAAUACAAUUGAUCAUCAGGGAUCUAGUGGUAAUCCAUCUAUGCACAAUUUAAGUCAUAUUUACGAUGCACCACUUAUCAAUAGGUCUUCAAUAAUUCAAAAUAAUAUAUUUACAAAAGAUUAUUAUCAAAAUCCAACUUUAGAAAUGGAUGAGACAUCCAAUAAUAAAACUGGCACUAUUAAAAGAUGCCGAAAACUUGUUACUUUUUCUCCAACUAAUGGAAUUAGUUAUAUUAACGAUAAUAAUUAUCAUUAUCCCUCAAAUUACUACAUUAAUAAUAGUGAUGAUGAUGAUGGAAAAGAAAGUCCAUAUCUAUGA